GUGGCGCCGUGCGGACUAGCGGCAGCGGCCUGCGACCGUCCACCUCACGUGCGCCGGCGGCCGCCACCGAGGCGCCAUGGCGCUCCGGCCCAACAAGCCGCGUGACGUGGAGAAGGCCUCCUACUAUGUCUGGUUCCUGGGAGCGCUCGAGAGCCGGGGUCUGCGCGGCCGCGAGUUCGUGGCGCCCGUGGUCGACGAGCUGAUGCGCAAGGAGCAGCACGUGGAGCCGACCAAGGUGACGCUGCAGGUCAGCGACAAGGGCCUCAAGAUCGUGCAGCACGUGCCCAAGAAGAACGGCAAGGGCCGCACGGAGCCGGUGAAGCACUUCAUCCCCGACCACGCCAUUACGUACGCCGUGCAGGAGCCGGCGCCAGACCGCGACAUCGUCAGCUGUAUCCUGCUCAUCUUCAACCCGGUGACCAAGUGUCCGGUGCACGUGCACACGUACCGCUGCGACUCGCCGGAGACGGCGGCGCUGCUGGCCGGCCAGCUGCAGACGCUGGCGGCGCGGCCCGACAACCGAGCGCACAUCCAGGAGAUCGAGGCGCGCCUGAUGGAACGCGGCCUGUUGGCCGGCCCACCGCCACAGCAGCAGCAGCAGCAGCAGUCGCCCCCGCAGAAGCAACAGCACCACCAGCAGCCGAUCGGCGGCUCGGGCUCGGCCAGCGCGCCGGUGGCCUCGCUGUACGACUCGCUGGCGGCCGAGCUCCGCACCAAGAUCCACGGCCGCGACUCUGGCCCGCUGCUGCUGCCGCCGCGCGACUACGACACUGACCCAGCCCCGGUCGGCAAGACGCCUGUCCAGGAGGACUCCAGCGGCAUCGGCUCCGACGACGCACCCAGCCCGGACCACCGCGACCGUGACCGGUCCUCCUCAGACGAGGAGUGGGAGGCGGCCGGCCACAGCACUGAGGACCUGCUUCUGGAGCCUUCCCCCUCGCCAUGGCAACAACGACCCGGCUGGAGAGGUCACAGAUCUGCCGGCGGCCAGAGUCCCGACACAGACGAACUGCUCACAUCGGGUCACUCGUCCUCGCGCAAGCCGGCCAGCCAGCGUCAGAGCGCCAGCCUGCAGGCGCCAGGUUGA